AUGGCUAAUGAUGAAAUUGAUGUGUACCUGACCCCGCUGGUUCCUCUGAUUCUUCUUCCUCUGCAUCUGUUCCCAUCAGAUGUUGAUGGGAAGCUCUUUGAUGAGGAUUCUGCUAGACUCUGGUCUCAGAAAACUCUGCAGAAAGGACGCGGCUUAGCCGGGGUCUGCUCGGCCCAGGUCGGCUCCGCGACCUUUGGGGUUGGCGCGGGGCUGCAGAGGAGGGCCAGGGCGCGAAGUCUUACUUCCGACCCCGACUCCUGGCAGGCCAGCCUCGCCAAGAAGGCCCGGGUCGGGCAGGACGAGCCGGCCAAGCCGCCCUCGUCGCCACUCAGCGAGAAGCAGCUUGUCCGCAUCCAGAGGAACAAGGCCGCGGCCCUGCUCAGGCUCGCCACUCGCAACGUGCCUGCCGGCUUCGGCGAGAGCUGGAAACAGCACCUGAGCAGAGAGUUCGGGAAGCCGUACUUCGUCAAGCUAAUGGGCUUUGUUGAUGAAGAGAGAAAACAUCACAAGGUCUAUCCACCUCCGGAGCAGGUGUUCACGUGGACCCAGAAGUGUGACAUCCGAGAUGUGAAGGUUGUCAUUCUGGGACAGGAUCCUUAUCACGGCCCUAAUCAAGCUCACGGGCUCUGCUUCAGUGUGCAAAGACCAGUUCCACCUCCACCCAGUUUGGAAAACAUAUUUAAAGAGCUAUCUACAGACAUCGAUGGUUUUGUUCAUCCUGGCCAUGGGGAUUUGUCGGGGUGGGCCAGACAAGGUGUCCUCCUCCUCAAUGCUGUCCUCACUGUCCGCGUCCACCUGGCCAAUUCCCAUAAGGAGAGAGGCUGGGAGCAGUUCACUGAUGCGGUUGUGUCCUGGCUAAACCAGAACCUGACUGGCCUGGUCUUCCUGCUGUGGGGCUCUUAUGCUCAGAAGAAGGGCAGUGCCAUCGAUAGGAAGCGUCACCAUGUCCUACAAACAGCCCAUCCCUCCCCACUGUCGGUGUACAGGGGAUUCUUUGGAUGUUGACAUUUUUCUAAAGCCAAUGAACUGCUCCAGAAGUCUGGCAAGAGGCCCAUCAACUGGAAGGAGCUGUGAUCUGCAGUGCGGGCCACCGGUCUCCAAUAGUGGCUCUGAGAUACUACUGCCACUGAAGCAUUGAACAGU